UAAACUUUAGCUGCAAAGAUUUCCACGAACCCCGAGAGAGAGAGAGAGAGAGAGCGAGCGCGGUAACUGACCACUCCGAUAGUCGGAAUCUCUGAUUCCGGCGAUUUUCUGGCGUUUCGUCCGGCAACUUAUUGGUUGCAGCGUAGUGUCUUUCUGCUGCUUGUCCCUCUUAUCUCUACCGGCGGCGGCGGCGGCGAGUGAAAUUCGCUGGAACGCUUUGAGUGGGGGGAGCCGAGAGGUCCUCCAAUUGGGAUUUGUUUCAUGAUGGGAUUUUCCUUAUUCCCGAUGAAGUCAUCAACGCGCAUGUUGUGGAGUACAAGCUUCUUCCGCCACAAGACCAUCGUUUUUUUCUGAGGGUAACUCAAUCAGAGUAGAACAGAGCAUCGAUCUAUAGCUGUUAGUAUCUUAGUAAGAUAUUUCACCUAUAGUAUAGUAUAGGAAGGGGGAAAGGGAGAUCUCACCAGGGAACGAUCGGAUUAGGCCAGAACGAUGGACUCGGGACGACUCAUCUUCGAUUCGUCUUCCUCUCAUGGCGGCCACAUGCUCAUCCUCGGUGGUUCUGGUAGCCCUCUCUUCCGAGUGAUGAAGGGACCAGAUCGAUGCUGAGCUUGGAGGAGGGCGCGCAUAAGCGUCGCCCCUUCUUCACAACUGCGGAGGAACUCCUAGAAGAGGAGUAUUACGACGAGCAGCUUCCGGAGAAGAAGCGACGCCUCACCCCGGAGCAGGUGCAUCUGCUUGAGAGGAGCUUCGAAGCUGAGAACAAGCUAGAACCCGAGAAGAAGAGCGAGCUGGCGAAGAAGCUUGGGCUGCAGCCGCGGCAGGUGGCCGUGUGGUUCCAGAACCGCCGCGCCCGCUGGAAAACGAAGCAACUCGAGCGAGACUACGAACGCCUUAAGGCCUCCUAUGACGCUCUUCUUGCCGAUCAUGACACCCUUCUCAAGGACAACGACUGCCUCCGCUCCCAGGUGAUUUCCUUAACAGAGAAGCUGCGAGAGAAGGAGCUGGAGGUGGCGGUGAAGGAGCUGGAUUCAGACAUUGAAAAGACAGCCAUUGAGGGGCAACCAUCUCCACCAUCAAUGGAAAUGCUAGCCACGCUUCAGCAGAGAGGUGGCGAUAGGCUCAGUACAGGGAGCAGGGGGAGCACUGUGGUGGAUGGCCAGGGUCCACCGGCAUUGCCGGUAGCCGACAGCAGCGUCGAUUCUUACUUCCAGGAGAGCCUGAUUGAGGGAGGUGGCUGCACCAGCGACGAUGGCUGCAGCUAUCUCCCCGGCGACAUAUUCCAGAACGCCAGUCAUGCUGAUAACUGGUGGGUUUGGAGUUAGAUUAAAAGGCAGCCAGGUACUCCUCAGCUGCUCUUUAUUUUUCCUAUAUUUCACAGUUCCUCGCACUUACUAAUCAGCAACUGCUGCUGCUAUCAGUCUCUGUAGAUGUUGUCCUAAUAUGGCUAAUGUUUCCAAUAAAUUGCCUUUGAGGUCCAGGCAGGUUUAAUGAUGGUAUUUAGUUAUAUAGAGAUGGUACUGUUAUCGGGUUUGUCUGGAACAAGAAGUUUUCAUAUGGUUUUGAAUGUCUGUAAUUUUCUCGUAUCUUUCAUCUUUUAUGUUAUUUAUCAUUUUAGAGGGUUA